AUGCCUCCCACUCAGGCAGAAAGUGUUAUAAAGAAUAUCAUUCGAGAAAUAGGACAAGAAUGUGCAACCCGUGGAGAGGUGACCUCUGAAACUCUGAUUGCUUUUAUGGUGAAAGCUGUCGUCCUGGAUCCCAGUAAUGGCUUUAACAUGGAUAGACUCCUCUUGAAAAGUGACGUGGAGAAACUUGUUAAGAUUUGCGUGCAUCGUCUAAUGGACAGUAGAAAUCCAUCCCUGGACACCAUUAAGAUGCAAGUCUACUUUGAUAUGAAUUAUACACAUCGAGAGGAGUUUAUUGAAGAACAUCACCGGAUCGUGGAGUCUAAAUUAGGCUUAAUCAGCAGAGAAAUUACAGAUAACAGAGCGUGUUCCCGAGAAGAACUGGAAAGCCUCUACCGAAAGAUUGUCAGCUACGUAUUACUGCGCUCUGGGGUCGGAUCCCCUACAGAUCUCAAGAUUGUCAGAGAGGCAACAGCUGCCCUGCAGAGUAUUUUUCCUCAGGCUGAACUUGGGACAUUUCUAAGACUCUCUAGGAAGGAAAAAGAACGCCAGCUGAAAGAACUCGCCAUGAUUGUUACUGGAAUCCGUUUAUUUAACCGAGAGACCGGAAAGGGAGGAGAAGGCAUUGAAUACUUACCAGCUAUUCUACAGGAAGCAAUCCCAGCCACCACUGAACAUAUUGACUCCCAACUACGGAUUGCUCAAGAACAGGCAUACCGCUAUACAGCCAUCCUUGAGAAAGUGACAAAGAACCCGCUCCUGGUUGCAGACAUGCAGCCACAUAUGUUAAAAGAAGUACUCUAUAAUGUGCGACAGUAUGAGAUCUUCCUUCAGACCAUUUUGUCAGAAAUAAUUAGUUGUGCUCAAGAAGUGGAAAUGCUGACAAAGCAGUUAGGAGCCCUGCUUGAACAAUUAACAAUGACCGUAAAGUCCAAGACGGCUGUCCCAACGUCACAAGUCUUUCCCAUCUUCAUUGCACUUUCCAAUGUGUGGACUAGCUUUCAGGAUGAAACUGUUUUGAUUGGAAUCCUCACUAACUUAACUGCUAACCUUGAGCGCUUUCUGGGCACUCAUGACUUGCUGUUUCCUGAAAAAAUAAUGCAAGAGCUUCUUGAUGGAGUAGUUGUGAAAACUGAUUUGUUUCGACUGAAAGAACACCUGGAAGAAAGAGUACAUCCAAUGGAUUUCAAAAGACAACAAUGGCUUUUCCCAGAAACAACAGCAAAUUUUGCUAAGCUGCUAAUUCAGUACCGGGGAUUCUGUGCUUAUACACUGGCGACAACAGAUGGUCUUCUCCUUCCAGGAAAUCAAGCAAUUGGAAUUUUCAAAUAUAAAGAAAAAUAUUACACUUUCAAUACCAGUGAUGCGGCAUAUGCAUUUGCAGAAAACCCUGACAAGUACAUUAAUUUAAUUACAGAAAAGGCCAAAAAGCAUGCAGAAUUAAUUCAGCUGCUGGAACUUCACCAACAAUUUGAAAACCUCAUUCCAUGUUCUGAGUUCAAAGAUACUGUCAAACGUCUUAUAAGACCAAUUACUAAGAGUGAAACCAGCACACAGACGGAUACACACAUAUUACCACCCACAAUUGUGAGAUCAUAUGAGUGGAAUGAAUGGGAAUUAAGAAGAAAAGCUAUAAAAUUGGCUAAUUUGCGGCGGAAUGUUACUCACUCAGUACAAACCGAUCUCAGUCACAUGAGGAGAGAAAAUUGUUCGCAGGUGUAUCCUGUAAAGCACGCGGGCACGCAGACCAAGAGGGAGGGCAACACUGCCGUGCCCAGGCCUCAGGUGUUCAUAGCCGGUCUCCGGGGGGGUCCGGCCAAAACCACCCACGCGGUCAAGGUGAACCUAACCAGAGCUGUCGAUGAAACCUAG